GUACUUGUAUGUUUAUACUAUAUUUAUAUAUUUACUAUAUUUACUAUAUUUACUAUAUUUAUAUAUUUAUUUAUAUACACUGUUGUAUGUAUGUUUUAGGGCCUUGGUGGCCUUGGUGGUAUUGGACAUCGGACAAAGUAAGGAAAAACAAUGGCAGCCAAAAGCAAUGCAUAUAUGGGAAGCACAACAUCUUUGAAACAAGUAGACAAGUCUGAAAAGUGGCUGGACGCUCUCAGUGAUCCGCUGACGUCUCUGUACACAUUCAACUCAUCGAUAGCACUGUCCGACCUAAAUGGGGACGGAGACUCCAAGCUGAUUGUGGCAGACCUGGGCACUGGCACCUACCAGAUGAAACUGAAGGUGUUUCGCGGCACUUCGCUGAUGUCGGAGAACACGCUGCUGGACCUGCCGACCGGCGUCGUCACCUUCCACAUGGACACCACGGAGCCGCGCGUACCGGCCAUCGCCGUCGCCUCGGGCGCCUACAUCUACAUCUACAAGAACCUGCGGCCCUACUUCAAAUUCACCCUGCCCACGCUCGAGGUCAACCCGUCGGAGUUCGACCUCUGGACCCAGGCUCGUGACGACCUGAUCGACCAUGCGACCCUGUACGACACCCUGGACCUGCUUCGGAAGGACGUGGGCGCCCACUGUCUGACCACGCGCACCCAGCACCUGCUCAUGUGCCGCACACCUGAGGAGCGACAGACAUUCAUCGACGCGCACAAGUACUUCAUCGUCAAGAAGCGGACGGUGAUCACCUGCAUCACGACCAUGAAGAAGAACAUGGCGGAAGAGGAUGCCGUCAGCUGUCUGGUGCUGGGCACGGAGAGCUGCCAGGUGUACGUCCUCGACCCGGAAGCCUUCACCCUGCUGAUGAACCUGCACCUGCCCAGCGUGCCCAGUAUCCUGACGGUGACGGGCAUGUUUGACGUGGAGUACCGCAUGCUGAUCGCCUGUAGAAACGGGAAGAUCUACACUGCCAAGCGCGGCAUGGAGGAGGGCCGACUGACUGCUGAGCUCUCCUCUCAGCCGGUGGGUCUGGAGCGGCGCGAAAAGUCCUUCCUGGUCGGCUGUAUGGACGACAACGUCUACUGCUUCUCCAACCACGGCAAGCUGCUGUGGCGCCUGCGUCUGGGCGCCAGUCUGCUCUGUAUGACCACCAUGGAGCUGGCCAGCCACGCGCAGAAGCUGCUCCUCGUCUCGCUGUCAAAUGGCGAGGUACGAACCUACCAGGACCGUCAGAUGGUGGACUCGUUUCAGCUGGAACACGCCGCCAACGCGCUGAGAUUUGGACGGUUCGGCCGCGAGGAGAAUGUACUACUCAUCGUGGAUCAAGCCGGUGGCCUACAGGUGAAAAUACUCCGACGCCGGGCCAAGUUUGAGCCCAUGGAGACGGCCAGUGCCCUGACAGCUGGCAAGGAACUCAAACUCAACAUUCCCAAAAAGACAAAACUGUUUGUCGACCAAACAAUGAGAGAGCGGGAGAAUUCGCAAUCGAUGCACCGCAUCUUUCAGUACAACCUGUACCUGUUGCGAUUGGAGGCCGCUCGCCAGUACGUCAAGUCGCUGCAGAUGAGCCUGACGCCCGUCACCACUGAGGAGCAGCCCGUCCGAUUGGCUGCACAGGUGCUGGGGCUGGGCCCGAUGUUCAAGAUCCGCGUGGAGCUGCAGAACACCUCUGCUCUGAAGAUUGUCCAGGACCUGGGCAUCCGCGUGCACGCCGACGAAAAGCUCUACCAGGUGCAGCGGCGAUUCAUGCACGCACCGAUUCUGAUCCCGGGCGUGACGUACGUGUACGACACGCUGGUGGAGUUCGUCUCCGACCUGGGCAUCUCCGACCAGGUGCGCGUCUUCAUCACGCGCGGCACUCAGUCGCGACCCAUCCUCUCGGCAGUCAUCAACAUGCCCGUAGCCGAAGUGGCCGUCUCCGCCUAGACUGCCACCUGGCGGAGAGGUUCGGCGGUAGCGAUCGAGACGACAUCUAUUGAAGGAGUCUGGUACUAGGGUGGAGUCCGGUCGUGAGGGACGAUGGAAGAAUGCGUGAUAUUGAUAUCUAUGUUGUUUUGUCUCAGAUGAUCAGAUCUCACCAGAAAGUCAUAUUUAUUUUUCAUUGUAAUACUCUUAUUAUGUUUGCCUUCGUUGUGAUAAUGUGAAUGAAUUAAUUUCAUUGCAUUUGUUCAUGCUGUAUUUUACUAGCUGUCGACAUCGACAAAGGUCAAAUGUGUUUGGAUUUAAGUUUCUGUGCACAUCUUCGCAAGUUCCUGUAGUGUCACCAUGCCCUGAAGACAGAGUUUAUCGGUCAACGUAUCCGUCCAGCAGUCCGUCCACUUUGACGUGUCGGUAUUUUGCGCAGAAUUCGCCGUUAGUGAUGGAUGAUUCAUGUUUGAAACGGUGCACCAAUGAUCACUUGAUGUCCUGCUAUUUUGUUUGAGCCAUUUAGGCUUUGUUUAUUUAGUGUAACAUCAUGUGGCAACAGAGCACAGGAGAACUAUGGACUUUGCUUUUAUAUUCAGUUGAGCUUCGAACAUAUAUCAAACUUCAAAUAUGUGUUUUCGUUGUUAGUAUAGGGUAAAUGCCAACUACAUUCAGUCUCAAAUUGAUGUGGUGCUAAUGGCUAUUUUGCCCUGUUUCCAACACAGUUGUGAAAAUGUGUUUUGAUUUUGGGUCUUGCAACGUGUUCUAGUCACAUCUAAUCGUUGUUUCAACUUUCAGUCACUUCGACAAUGUUUGAUGAGCUUUGUCGACCAGUUUUGAUUGCUCACGUUUCUUCAUUUCAUGAUGCCUGUAUGUCCUAUGUUUAUCUGUGAAAUAUAUUGGUGUCACCUG